CUUCUCUCGUAUGGCUCUGUAGGUGUUCCGAGGCUCCGUGCAAUAAGCAUGAUUGGAGUUUCACGAAUUGUGAAAGCAACAGGCUGAAAGCAAGUCGAGUUCACACGCACGACUUGGCGCCAUGAGAUCUGACAGACCACAACGGAGCCAGCCCUGGAUGUAUGGAAAACCAGGACGCGGCAAGACCAUCCUUUGCUCGACCGCUAUAGAGCAUGUUGCAAAGUCCUGCGAAAGCAUCGACAAUGCGGGCCAGAAGCGACAUUGGCCACUAUUAGAGAAAAAGGCCUAAUUAUCAUCGGACGCGGAGAAGUACAACAUGACCU